AUGCAAUACCCUCAUAUGCUUUUUCUUGCCCUACUAUUGCAGUCAGCUGUUGGUCUGCCAGACCAGAAAACCUCUCCCCUUCAGCAACAGCAACAGCACUCAUCCGGCUCAGCUGCUGUAAGCAUCGGUCUUGGCUCUGCCUCCACGACCACCAGUACUGGAACCAGAGUCAGUAGCAGUAGUUUUGGCCUUCCCGGCUCCACGACAGGUAGCAAUGGAGGGGGAGGCGCCGGCGCUUCCUCUAUGCCUGCUGAGGCAGCAGGCCGUCCGGCUGGUCUGGAGCCUGGCUGUCGGCCUGCCUUAGUCAGCUUGGCCGACGUUCUCGAGACUGCCGCCUCGAUGCGCUUGUUGCGAGCUCGUCGGCGGCAGGCGGCAAAUAGAGCCCGGCUUUUGCCAUCCUCCCGGACUCUUACGCUGGUGGAUUCAUCCAAUAUUGGGCCAGUUGUCCCAAAUCCGUCAGUUUGCCCAGUUAAACACUCACGUUCCUUUACAACCGAGGUCUCCAUUGAGGCGAACUCAGUCGGUGAACAUCAACGGUUGCAAAAUUUACACGAGGAAAGUCCGAUUCCUCUGGGGGGUCGGCUAGAUUCGUUGCUCAUCUACUACACUCUUCUGGCUGACUUGAUCAGCAGACCGCAAACUGGACCUGCGUCACGGGAAUUGACGCUGCCGACUGGCUGUAUCACACCCAGCCAUUUAGCUAGCGUCUUCCGGGAGUUGAUAGAGAUGCAGCCAGACGCCGGUUUACGCCGCGAACCUGUUACCGUUCCACCCAGCAAGCGAUAUUGGUAA